AUGGAGCACACAGACAGUUCUGAAAGCGAUGGAAAUUCCCGGGGACCUGCACGCAUUACCAGAUCCACUGCAAGGCUCAGCCAGAGCUCGCAAGAUUCCAGUCCGGUUAGCAAUCUGCAAUCGUUUGGUGCAGAGGAGCCGGCCUACUCCACCCGGAGGGUGACCCGCGCAGCCAGCAGCAGCCCACCCCCAUGACUCCGAAAAAAUACCCACUCCGACAGACCCGCUCAUCGGGAUCGGAAACCGAGCAAGCGGUGGACUUUUGUGACAGAGAUGCUAAAAACGCCGGGGAUCACGACGAAUCCCCGCCUCGCACUCCUACUGGAAAUGCACCAUCAUCAGAGUCCGAUAUAGACAUUUCAAGCCCCAACGCUUCUCAUGAUGAGAGCAUUGCCAAGGACAUGUCCAUGAAGGACUCUGGGAGUGACCUGUCUCAUAGACCCAAGAGAAGGCGAUUUCAUGAGAGCUACAACUUCAAUAUGAAAUGUCCCACCCCCGGCUGCAACUCUUUAGGGCACCUCACUGGGAAACACGAGAGGCAUUUCUCUAUCUCCGGCUGCCCAUUAUACCACAACCUGUCUGCGGACGAAUGCAAGAAUUGUGAUGAAUUUCAGGUGAGAGCACAGAGCCGUGACAAACAGGUGGAAGAGCGGAUGCUGUCCCACAGGCAGGAUGACAAUAACAGGCAUGCCACACGCCACCAAGCUCCCACGGAACGCCAACUCCGGUACAAAGAGAAAGUCACAGAAAUGAGAAAGAAGAGGAACUCAGGCUUAACCAAAGAACAGAAAGAGAAGUAUAUGGAGCAUAGGCAGAACUAUGGUAAUACAAGAGAGCCACUCUUGGAAAACCUGACCAGUGAGUACGAUCUGGAACUUUUCCGAAGGGCCCAGGCCAGAGCCUCGGAAGACUUGGAGAAGCUGCGACUACAAGGCCAGAUCACUGAAGGAAGCAACAUGAUUAAGACUAUAGUCUUUGGUCGGUAUGAGCUGGACACCUGGUACCACUCUCCGUAUCCAGAGGAGUAUGCACGUCUGGGGAGGCUCUACAUGUGUGUGAAUUCUGUCUAAAGUACAUGAAGAGUCAGACUAUCCUCCGAAGACACAUGGCAAAAUGUGUUUCCUGGGGACGAGAUCUAGAGGGAUCCAUCUCCGUUUUUGAAGUAGAUGGAAAGAAGAACAAGAUUUAUUGCCAAAACCUGUGCCUUCUUGCAAAGCUUUUCCUGGACCACAAAACACUGUACUAUGAUGUGGAACCAUUCCUUUUCUAUGUCAUGACUGAAAGCAGACAAUACCGGCUGCCAUCUCAUAGGCUACUUCUCAAAGGAGAAAAAUUCAUUUCUGAACUACAAUGUGUCCUGUAUCUUGACGAUGCCACAGUACAUGAGACAGGGUUAUGGGAAGAUGCUAAUAGAUUUCAGUUAUCUGCUUUCCAAGGUGGAGGAGAAGGUGGGCUCCCCUGAGCGUCCCCUCUCUGACCUGGGCCUUAUAAGCUACCGCAGUUACUGGAAGGAGGUCCUGCUACGCUAUCUGCACACCUUCCAGGGCAAAAGAGAUUUCCAUUAAAGAAAUUAGCCAGGAAACGGCAGUGAAUCCUGUGGACAUUGUAAGCACUUUGCAGGCCUUACAGAUGCUCAAAUAUUGGAAGGGAAAAAAACACCUUGUACUAAAGAGACAGGAUCUCAUUGAUGAAUGGGCAGCAAAAGAAGCAAAAAGAAGUAACAGCAAUAAGAUAAUGGAUCCUAGCUGCCUAAAAUGGACACCACCUAAAGGAACAUGA